CUUGAGCAGCGUUGCCAGACCGCGGUGCACAACCCUACUGAUAUCAGAAUUAUUUGAUAAAGCAGGUAGCAGGUUGUGUAGCUCAGUUGUUGCUUUUGACUCGGGGGAAAAAAUGGAGCUGACUGGAUGGGUGAAAAAUUACGACUGGGGCCGCAGAGGCAUCAACUCAGCGGUGGCCCAACUCGCCAUGGCCAACGAUCCGGACUUCAGGCUCAACGAGGAGGAGCCCUACGCGGAGAUGUGGAUGGGCACUCAUGUUUGCGGCGUAUCCGUGGUUAAGGAAACCGGCGAGACGCUGGACCGUGUGCUGAAGACGGACCUCUCCUACCUGUUCAAGGUACUGAGCAUCAACCAGGCGCUCAGUAUCCAGGUUCAUCCGAACAAGUGCGAGGCGGAGCGGCUGCACAGGGAGCGCCCGGAUAUCUACAAGGAUCCCAACCACAAGCCGGAACUGGCCAUUGCUCUGACGCCGUUCUUGGCACUAGUUGGCUUCCAGCCGGCCAGAGAUAUAAAGGACAACAUUGACGAGUUCCAGCCGCUUAGCCAGUUGAUUGGGCCGGAGGCAGUGGAUCAACUUCACGAGGCUCCCAACGCUGACAGCGUCAAGCUGUGCUACGCGAAGCUAAUGAAGACCGACGACGCGGACAUUGCCAGGUGCAUCAAGGCCAUUGCUAAGGACUACCAGAAGGAGUUAAAGUCCAACGGCCUGCUGGAAGUGUUCACCAAUGUAAGCAAGGUCUUUCCCGGCGAUGUGGGCGUCCUGUCGCUGUUUUUCCUUAAUCUGGUCCGUCUGAAGCCCGGUCAGGCCAUCUAUCUGGGCGCCAACGAGAUACACGCCUACCUCGACGGCGACUGCGUGGAGUGCAUGGCCUGCUCGGACAAUGUCAUACGUGCCGGCUUGACGCCCAAGUACAAGGAUGUGGACCAGCUGCUUGAGUCCGUGAUCUUUGAGAGCAGGCAUCCCGACCGCAAGGAGUUCAUUCCCUAUCACGUCGACGAGCAGGUGCAGGUGUAUAUACCGCCCGUGCCGGACUUUGCGGUGAUCCACGUGAACAUCCAUCCCUCCCUCCAGUCGUACAAGCUGCAAAUUCAGGCCUUCGGCUCUAUUCUGAUUGUGCUGAAGGGCUCGCGCGUCUUGCGCCUCCAGACGAAUCAGGGGCCCAAGGAGAUAACGCUAACGCGAGGCAGCAUUGUGUACAUUCCAGUGGAGGCGGCGCCAGAAAUCGAGUUUGCCCGGGCUGACGAUUGCGACGACGUGGACGACGAUGACUUUACCGGCUACAUAGCAACCAGCAACUACUUUCGAGUGCCAUAAAAAUUCUCAGUUAAUCGGCUAAUAAUCCUCUUGUAAAGUGCAAUAAAACAAACCAUAAGGCCA